AUGACGUGUUAUCCAAUACUGAGAUCCACUUUCGCGCAGCCAUACAGUAUAGAAUUUAGGCGUGCUGAAAGUGUGUUUCAGGAGCGUCCGUUAUAUCAAGAUGUCAAAGCAAAGGUGUUUCUGUUACCUACCCUCAAUAGAAAUCAUGAAUACAGACUGAAUAGCCGGUACAUUGUUCCUUUAUUUUUUGGAUCGUUCCUGUGUACUAAUUCCACAGUGCACUACCAAACGUUACCAAAGGGCCUUCAUCCUAUCCCGCAGUGGAUAAGGAAAAGUCUCGAGAAACGCCUCGAUUUCACGAGAGGAAAAUCAUUCAGCUUAUAUAAGUGGGCAAAGUCACACAGCAUGGCGAGUAUUUCCUCGCAGUCGUCAGCGAAGGCAGUGAACACUCGCGACGAGGCGGAGGAACGUUUCAUCGUCGCCCGCUCCACCAAGACGGACUUCAUCAUCACGUCCACCACCACGGUGCCUUACACAUGCAUCUCCAACCAUUGUUUGCAGGAGGCGCUUCGCACGGGUGGCAUUUACAUCCAUCGUUUUAGAAUUAGCUUCACAGUCAACAAUAACUGCAAUGACACAGUAAACUCCCUAACCACAGCCUCAAAACAUCAGUUAAAGGCGUCAAUUAAAGGCAUCGAUAGCUCGAUGGAUCCGCGAACCCACGCUAAAACAGAACACGAUCGCCAACCACGAGCCGCUGUCACUGUCUGGUCGAAUGUCUCCUCCACCUUCACCGUCACCUCGACCUCCACCAACAGCGCCACCACACUCCCCAUCCUCCUCUUCUGCUCAACAACGGGGUCAAUUGUUCACCCGAUUUGUUAAGGCCUGAUUUGUAAACAGUGGAUUUCAAUGAAACUUUUGUUUCGACGCCGAUAAGUUUUCACUGUAGUGCGUGUGGAACAUCAAAAAGGAUUGCUCGGUCUUCUUUUUAAACUCUCUAUGUAUAUGCACAUAAACACAUAAAUACAUUUUGUUGAUUUCCUUGGCAACCUCAGGCGAUACUGUCUGUCCUUCAAAAACUGUUUAAGUUUAUGCUUUAUGUAUUUUAAUUUAUGAGCUUAUAUAAUUAAAGUUGAAUCAUAUUC